AUGUCGAAAGUCAUGCUGCGAACCUUCCGGACGCAAAGCGCAUUCCCAAUUCGCCCUUUGCGACUCAAUUCACAAGCUCAUGCUUCACGAGGCUUCGUAUCUCUCCCCGGCAUCGGUCUCCCAGGAACGGAACCACAAAACUUGAAUGCGACACGAAUACUCCCAUACAAAUCGAGCAGUCUCCAUACCAUCAUCGCAGAUAUCGACAGCUAUUCGGCCUUCUUACCCUACUGUCAAGACUCAAAAGUGACGAAGUGGUCAGAGCCAGAUGCGAACGGGAAGCGAUGGCCCUCGGAAGCAGACCUAAAAGUAGGCUGGGGCGGCCUCGAAGAAACAUUUACAUCGAGAACGCUUUGCAUUCCGGGCUCUGUCGUUGAAGCACUAGGAGGAGAGGCUGUUACCAGUCUGCCAAAAUCCGAGUUGGCACACCAUGGUAAUGCGCUCAGCAGCCCUGCAGAAGCCAAUAGCGUAUUUCAGUCCAUGAGCACUAGGUGGACCUUGAAGCCUUUCCAUUUUAAGCCCACCUCUGGAACCCCACAAACAGACACAUCAGAGCAUGACGCAAGAGAUCGCACUGAAGUACACCUUUCAAUCGACUUUCAAUUCGCAAAUCCCAUAUACGCCGCGUUGAGCAAGGCGGUUGCGCCGAAAGUUGCAGGAAUAAUGAUCGAAGCAUUUGAAGCUAGAGCGAGAAAGGUUCUGGAUGGGCAUGUUUUCGAAAAGACUUCUUUUGCUGGAGGUGUCGAUGCUCCCAAAUCGCGAUUAUGA